AUGAACACCAAAAGCAGUAGUGCGUCUGUUCGUAAACAGAGUAAAUUCGUCAGGUUCAUAAAAGGGCCCAUCCGAAUGCUGGCCCGAGUCCGAGAAUUUUACCUCCACAGCUUCACUGGGUGCGCCAGCCAAGUAGCCUACGCCGGCGCCACCCUCCACUCGGCGAACCUGCCCAGAAGUUUCAGCACCAAUUCCACCCACGAUUCUAAUUACAGAUGCGGCGACCAGGAUAUGAAGGAGCUCAUCCGGAUUGCAUCUGCCGGCAGCCGCAACGGGACGUUGCCUGCCGGCGGCCGAGGAGCGGCGGCGAUGAAGCGCAGCCGCACGGUGGCGAUUGGUAGGAUUGAUGAGGAGACGCCGUGCGAUUUCGGGGGAAAACACGUUGCCGGGCUGCCGGCCGGUGUUCUCAGGAGUGGAAGUUGUGUCGCUGGCGGAGGAACAAAAAUGGUCUGA